UGCAGGUGUCUCGUGGUUCAUCGCUGCUGAGGACCUGAGGUCAGAGGGGAGGAAGGAGAACCGACCAGAGGAGGAGGAGACGAGGAGGCCGAGCAGCGCCUGGUUUGAACCGCACAGCAAAAUGCAUCCAUGGAGAGAACCGCUGCGACAGAGACAAAUCCACGAGGAGGGAAACAGACAUCAUGCUGAACACGAUUUAGAGCGCAGAACCAAAACAAUAUCCUCUGGUCUGGCACGCAUCUCUCUCCAGGAAGCUCUGGAGAUGCGGCGUCCGGACUUCAUCUCUCAGUCCAGGCGGAGAGUGAAGUCUCUGGCUCUGCAGGCGGAGGACAGGAAGCGACAGGAAGUCUUCAUCAGAGAGAGAGAGGAUGUCUUCAGCUGGUCCGGAGCCAGAGGGAGGCUGCUGAGGCCCAAAGGCACCGCUCUGCUCAGGAGAGCUGUUCCCAGGAAGGAGAUGAUUCAGAGAUCCAAACAGUUUUAACGGUACUACUACUUUUAUCGAUACCGCUU